UGCUGGGUGCUUCGCGCCUUGCCUCCUCACGCUCUCCUCCCAGCCCGCGUCUCCUCCCCCUCGGCUCGCCUGUUCCCUGGCGUGACUCGGCACUCAGAGCUGCGGGGUGGACACGUCGUGGUCGCCGCUUCGGACCAGGCCCCGGCCUCCCGCAGCCUCUCCUGGGCCUCCCCUGGCCUUUCCUGUCUUUAAGUUUGGAAGCCGGAAGCGUCGUGGCCGCCCUGCCGGGCUCUCUGUGAGGAUGGUGGGAGUGAAGCCGGUCGGGAGCGAUCCGGAUUUCCAGCCGGAGCUGAGCGGGGCGGGCUCCAGACUUGCUGUGGUGAAGUUCACCAUGAGAGGGUGUGGGCCGUGUUUGAGAAUUGCCCCAGCAUUCAGCUCUAUGAGUAAUAAGUAUCCGCAGGCAGUUUUCUUGGAAGUAGAUGUACAUCAGUGCCAGGGAACAGCUGCCACGAACAAUAUAUCAGCAACACCUACAUUUUUGUUUUUUCGAAACAAAGUGAGAAUUGAUCAAUAUCAAGGAGCAGAUGCUGUGGGACUAGAAGAAAAAAUCAAGCAGCAUUUAGAAAAUGAUCCUGGAAGCAAUGAAGACACAGACAUUCCGAAAGGCUAUAUGGACUUAAUGCCUUUCAUUAACAAAGCUGGUUGUGAAUGCCUUAAUGAGAGUGACGAGCAUGGCUUUGACAACUGUUUACGCAAAGACAUGUCCUUCUUGGAGUCCGACUGUGAUGAGCAGCUACUUAUUACUGUGGCAUUCAACCAACCUGUUAAGCUUUAUUCCAUGAAAUUUCAAGGACCAGAUAAUGGUCAGGGUCCUAAAUAUGUAAAAAUUUUUAUCAACCUACCCCGGUCUAUGGAUUUUGAGGAGGCAGAAAGGAGUGAGCCGACUCAAGCUCUGGAACUGACAGAAGAUGACAUUAAAGAAGAUGGAAUUGUUCCUCUUCGUUAUGUUAAAUUUCAGAAUGUUAACAGUGUAACUUUAUUUGUUCAGUCUAAUCAGGGAGAAGAAGAGACAACAAGAAUUUCAUAUUUUACUUUCAUUGGUACUCCAGUCCAGGCGACAAAUAUGAAUGACUUUAAACGAAGAAUACAUAUUGGCAAGUUGAGAGUUGUCAGCCUGUGAAACAGUAGUUGGCAAAAAAGGGGAAAGCCAUUAGGGUACAAAAGACACUGGAAGACUUACUGCAGUCAGAUUUGCAGCUCCUGGAUAAUUGCUUGAUUCUCUUCGGAAACUGUUCAUCUUUUAUUUGUUGCCAUUACCAAUAAAUCAUUGCUUUUAUUCAGAUGGUAUCUCUAGUGUUUGUAUUGUAAUCUUGGUAUAUGCAGUUGUAAAUAAAAGUCACUACUUUUGCCAAGCUUAAAUUUUGUCAUUCCAUAUAAAUACAUUCUCUUUAUUUGAAAAUUGGCUAUUUUGUUCUGGUAAGACAUUGACUAAAAGCUUGUCUGUCUCUAGAGGAACAGGAUGUCACAGGAAUUUGAGAGCCCUUUCUACACACAUGGACUGUUCUGAUGCCUGGGUUUGGAAUAGCUAACCAUGUUUAAGUACGCACUGACUUAUAGUUCAUCAAAGCACACUUGGGUAUCUAGGCUUUAUAAAUUUACUCAAAUUUAUAAACAACCACUAAUCUUACCUACCACUGGUAAUUAAGAGGUUUAUAUUUUUGUUUUGUUUUUAGAGAUAGAGAGGCAGAGAGACUUGCUGUGUAGCAUAGGUUAGAUUAAUUGUUGGUAUUCUGUACCUGUCUCCCAAAUGCUGGUGUUGUAGACAUGUACCACCAAACCUGGCCUCAUGCAAGAUUUUAAUUCCUCCUGUAUAAACCUAAAAAUUAGAGUCAGCAAUUUUU